UGCUAAGUGAUUUUUUUUUUUCCAAAAUGGUUCUGAGUAGUGGCACCGCUUGGAGCUGCUCCCUGGCUCUGGUGGCUCUGGUCCUCGUUGUGGCUACGUCCGCCUCCGCUUCCGAUUAUCCCGGUGUCAUCGAGCUGGUGGGCUACAGCAAUCGCAGGGCACGCGCCUACUUCCAGGAGGAGGAGCCCAAGGCCAAGCCCAGCCCCCCCUCGGCCAAGACUCGGGCGGACAUUGAGACGGUGAAGCGGAACAUCCGGAAGUACGACCGUCUGCUGGAGCUGGACACCAAGAACCUGCCCGAGCAGCAGAAGGAUAUGCUGGCCAGGAUCGUAGAGCGGGUGGCGCGACUCAAGGAGUCGCUGGACAUCGAGGAGCAGCAGUUCAGCCAGCAGGAGGCCACCUCCACCAGAAGCAGCAGCACCAGCACCAGCAGCAGCAGCACCUCCACGACCCAACAGCAGCAAACGGAAGCGGAAACGGAGCAAGAACAGGCGGAGGAGCAGAGCACCUUGCCACCCACUGGCUCCACGGAGACGGAAACAGACCCGACCCUGCUCCUCGAUGAGACGACGCUCCUGGAGCUGCAGCACACGAUGAACGAGCAGGCCGCGUUGCAGGCAGCCGUCACGCAGCAGACGACCCUCAUGAAGGACCUGCCCACCACCACGGACUUCAGCCAAGAGUCGGCAGGGACAGGCACCAGUGACCACAACGAAGAGGAGGAGACGGGUGAGACGACCUCUGCGAAUCUCACGACCCAGCCAGAGAUGAGCCAGGAGACAGACGACUCCCAGUCCCAGGAGGAGGACCAGGCGGCAGCAUCCACAACCAGCGACGAGGCCCUAACCGAUGCCACCGAUCCGGACGAUCAGUUCGUGGCUGCCCGCUCCAACAACAACAUUGCAGCCAUCACGGCUGCAGAUGCGGAUCCCAGCAGCAGCAGCACCACCACCACCACAGCCACGAAUGCGGGCAGCCAGCAGCGCACCCUCACGACGAUGGGCAAGCUGAAGCACCGCCAGGCCACCAAGCGACCCUUCGGCCACAAGGUCACGACGGCCCUCAAGCGCGGCGCCCAGCGUCCGAGCAGCAACAGUGCUGCGGCGGCCAGUGCGGCGGCUGCCUCCAAGCCCCCAAGCGGAAGCACCACACAGAAGCAGAAGCUCUCAACCAACGCUGCCUACCAGCAGAAACAGCAGACGAAGCCGCUGCAGACGAAGGUGACGCCUUCGAUUGGUGCAUCAUCCUCGGCCCCAUCAUCAUCCUCUGCCCUCCCAUCGGCCACCACAAACUCAGCGAAUCCCGGCCUGCCCAUCGAGCAGCUGUACACACGGACUCCACAGGCCAACAUUCCUCUGUCAGCGGCAGCGGCAGCAGCAGCAGCCUCAUCCUCUGCAGCAGCAGCAGGAGGAGCAGCAGCUGCCUCCACAUACAGCACCCAGCAGCAGGAUAGCCUCGUCUACGAUGGCCAUGUGAAUGCCUCGGCCCUCAUCGACAGCCUCAGCACGAAUGCACGCGAGGAGUAUUACCAACAGAAGCUGGGAUCAGCGGUCAACAACAAGGAUAAUAAGAAAACGGCGACAGCGAAACCAACAAAAUAUCAUUAUUAUCCGCACAAUCAGCACAUCUAUCUGCUGCCCGAGUGCGCCAUCCAGCAGGUCUGCAACGCCGUCUACGUGAGGCUCAACUACACCCAGCCCCUGUGCGCCUGUCCAUCAAGAUAUCGUGAUCCCUGCUCCGCCAGCCUGAAUGAAGACGAUCAGCAUACCACAAAAUUGGUUGGUGAUAAUAAAAAGAAGGCAAUCACGCUGGCCAAGACCUGUGAGGCUACCACGGAGAUGCGAGAGUGCCGCUCGCCCAAGGACUGGUCCCUGCUGGCACUCCAAAACACCAGGACUGGCAAAUCCCACUACCUGGUCAUCUGUCGCUGUCCCGAUCACUUCAAAAUGGAGGGACCCAUGGCCCAUGAUCAGCCCACAUAUGCGAGUGUUCCCGGAAUCCGAGUCUUUGGCAUGAUGUGCGUCAAGCCCGGCUACUCGAUCCGCAAGCCAAGUAGCCAGCCGCCGAAGCGCUACCAGCUGCAGAAGCCCUUCUAUCGUCCCUCUGUGGGCGGCUCCAGUUCCAUCGGAGGCCAGAAGGACAGCUACGGCAGACCCAUCUACGGCAGUGGCAGCUCUGGCUCCUCCAGUAGCGGCGGAUCGCCCAUCAGCUCCAACUACCAGCCGCAGGACCAGCAGUCCUUCCAGAACGGUGGCCCCAGCAGCUCCUACCAGUAUCUGAAUCGUCCCGAGAGCACCCACAGCACCCACAGCAGCCACAGCUCUUCCUCGGCCAACUUCCGGCCCGAUCAGUUCUCCAUCAACAAUUUCCCGGGCAGCAACUACGGACGGAACAACGAGCGACGCGGCGACCUGGCGCCCAUUGAGGCACUUGGCAGUGGAACGGGCGCUGGCACCGGCACCGAGGAGCAACCAGGCAGCAGUACGCCCGCGAGCGAGGAGGCCAGGACCACACUUCAGGCGCAGGAGCAGCAACAGCAGCUGGAACAGGAGCUGGAGCAGGAAUCAGAGCCGGCGGCAGCGUCGCCCGUGACAACACUCCCAGAGCCGGCUCUGGAAGGCAGCACUCGCAUCAGGCGCUCGCUGGCGGACACGAUGGACCUCGACCUGGAGCCGGAGUUCCCCUGGGACCGUGUCGUGGAGUUCCAGCAGAGCAUUGUCUGGGACUAG